AUGGGGAGGAACAAGGAUCCAGACGUGCGACACUUCUGUGCCCAUCCCGGCUGCACCAAGAGCUUCUCCCGCGCCGAUCACUUGAAGCGACACACUGCCAACCAUGACCCGGAGCAGCGGAAGAACUGCCCAGAGUGCGGGAGGUCUUUCACGAGAAGCGACGUUCUCUUCGCGCACCUCAAGAAACACGAAGUUGCGGAAGGUGGCGCCACCAAAGAACGCUCGCCGAGUCCGCCAGAACCGAACGGCGGCGCCGGAAUGCCCAAUCUCCCCGAAACACCCGGAGACGGCGGCCUCGACGACCUUUACGGGUGGCUUUUGGCCGACUCGGGACCUGGCUGGCUCGAUCCGCUGCCCGACCUCGCAUUUAACCUCGAAGGCGACAUAGCAGCGCUUCCCUUCGACUGGAGUAUCCUCUCGCUCAACACCGGCGGACCGUCCGCCUCAACCAGCAACAUCUUUCUCCCCUCUAGUCCGCCGACUGACGUUACGGAACCGCUACGCCUGUCACUCUGCACCUACUUGCUUAGCGCCCAAUCCCUCGCGAGCCAUCCCCUCGCAACAUGCUCAACCUUCUCGUCCGCCCUCUCGCGCUACUGGCAAACUUUCCAUCCUCAGCUUCCCAUUGUCCACACCUCUACUUUCGACCCAACUCGCUCGCUCGGCUUGCUGUCCGCCAUGAUCGUCGUCGGACUCUGUCUCCAGCCAGACGCAAACGUCCGCACCUUUGGCCAGCAGCUCUUCCCGCACGUCCGACCAAUGUUGAUGCUGCACGAAGCGUCUGUCCCGCCUAUCCCGCUCGGAGCAUUUCAAGCUCUCACGAUCCUCGGCCAAGCGGGCCAGAUGUUGCUCGAUCAGAAGCGACAUGACAUGGCGUAUCCUGACAGCGCGUACGAGGUCACGAUCGGUCGCUUGAUGGACGUCUUUUCCUGGCGCUUCUACACGAAGAUGUCGGCGCAGGUCGCGCAGGCGCAGACGGAGGAUGAGCGCUGGCAGGCCUGGAUCGAGAGCGAGUCCUGGCGGCGAGUUGCUUUUGCCGUGAUCAUGCGGGACAUCGAGCUGUCGACCAUCUUCCAGCACCUCCCGACUCGCGCCCUCUCGAUCCUCCUUAUCCGGCUCGCCCUCCCGAGCGACGACGACCGAUGGACCGCCGCUUCUUCCUCAGCUUGGCGAGCCUGUCAAGCGACACCCGACAUACCUUUUCCUUACGCCGUCAAGCACGCUCUCUCCAUCUCCACCGCCUCAACCGCUCCUCCUGCAACUCCACCGCACCUAAACCCGUUUGCGCGCUACUGCGUCAUUCACGGUCUGAUGUCCGUCGGAUGGGACGUCAAAUGGCGCGGGUCGCUUCGAGCGGCAGCGAUCGAAUCCGUACAGCGCAAUUGGCGAGGGUCGCUGCGGGACGCCUACCGGCAGUUGAGGACCGACAUCAUCCUCACCGUCGACCUGCCCUUCCUGUCAGCUUCGGAGCGCAGCAUCAGCUUGACAUCGCUCGACCUGUUGCUCGUCGCCGAACUCGAUCUUCUCGCGGACCUUACGUCUAUCCUGACGUUUGCCGGCGUCGACCGCAUCGCCGCGCGAACGGUCGGACCGGAAGACUUCUCGCUCGCCGGGAAGGCAGUGCGGAAGUGGGUGUCAACGGAUGAGGGUCUUCAGGCUGCCGAAUUGGCGGGGAGCUACCUGACACAGCGACUCCAGCCUGAGAUCCUGGAGCGAGGAUGGACCGCCGCAGACGGGAUGUACGGUCCUUGGGCCAUCUACAUUGCUACUCUCGUUGUCUGGAUCUUCGGCUCGCUCCGUCCCGCACCCUUCGCUUACCCGAGCGCCACGUCUGAGCAAGCGAACGGCCUCUUCCUCCAUCGUGACUUCCCGAUUUUGUAUCGAGCGGAAGACAUCCCGCUCUUCCUCGCCCAAAUAGCCGCCCUCCUGCAAGGCCAACAGUGGGGCAUCGGUCACGACGCUGCCGCCAUCCUUCGUGGGCUAUUGCAGAGGAAGCUCUGA